AUGCCUCGGGGCAAGAAAUCAACCCCAGCCCCGGCUGAGCCGGCAACGGCAGAAGAAGUUCUCACAAAAAUCAAGUCGCUCAACGCGUCGUACGAGAUCAGCAUCCUCAAGCUCUCGGAACCCAUCUCCACCGUCCCGUCCGACCCCAACACCCAGCGCACCUCGGACGUGUCCAACGCCUCGCUGGACGCGCCCACGCCCGCCUCGCUCGAGGCCGACCUGACCCACUACCGCGAGCUCUUCGCCAAGCUGCGCUUCAGCUACGUCGAGCAGGUCACCAAGGAGAAGUUCAUCCGCGCCAUCGUCGGCGACCCCCCGCUCAUCGUCGCGCCCCAGGAGAACCUCGAGCUCGAGGCCCUGAACGCCGCCGCCAAGGCCGAGCUCAAGGCCCUCAAGACCGAGGUCGCCGACAUGGUCGCCGACCUGGAGCGCCGCGGUGCCGAGCUCGCCCGCCGCUACGAGGGCGUGCGCCUGCAGACUGCCACCCUCGAGGACAUGCCCGCCAAGAUCGCCGGCCUGGAGGACGCCGUCGCCCGGCUCAAGAAGCAGCACGCCGGCCGCAUGAACGAGAACCCCGAGUUGAACCUCCCGCUGGCCAAGACGGUCGAGCUGGUCGACGCCAAGAAGCGCAAGCGCGCCGAGCUCGAGCGGACGCUGGAGCAGCUGCAGAACCAGGUGCCCCGCAAGAAGAAGGAGCUUGAGCGGCUCCAGACUGAGCUGGGUCCCCUGGAGACGAAGAAGCAGAACAGCGCCGCUGCCGCCAAGGAGGCCAAGAGGAGGAAAGAGGCCGCACUUGGGGGCGUCGAGGAUGAUCUAGAGGAGAGAGGCAGAUGGUUCCGCGCUGCUGAGGCAGGCCUACGGUCAAUGCUGGAGAUCGAGGGUUGA